AUCAAAAGUUGACAUUAGAAUAUAGAAACAUAAGCCCGCGAAAGGCGCGAAAUGUUUUUAUUUCGCAGUAAACAUUUUAAUGAAAUUUACUUCGAUUUCGUUUAAAUUUUGCCUAAUCGAAAUAUUUAAACAACAACUAUGAUUUUUAACAAUUUAGAUGUUAAUACCUUAUCAAGACUAACUUCACAUCAAGUGGAUCAUGUUACUUGCAUUGAAUGUUGUAAAUAUUAUGUAGUACCUACCACAGCAACUUGUGGACAUUCUUUAUGUCAUUCGUGUUGGCGCGUAAGACGCACUUGCCCCUUUUGUGGUCUACAAGUUGAGAAGAAGAGUUUAAAAUUAAAUUUGCCUCUACAAAGCCUGAAAGAACAUGUUCAAUUGCUGGCAAAUACAUUUGAAGAAAUUUUUAAAGUAAAAUUGGCUGAGUUUUCACUUGAUACAGCAAAUGAUAAGGUAUCGGAAGAUUCAAAUAAACAUGUUAAAGAGUGGUUGGCAAGUUCUCAAAAUCAUUUUUCCGCACCUGUAACAGAGUCUCAAGAGUCAGUUCAUUCUAUUGAACAAGUUACGAGUAAUAUACAAAUUCAUUCCGAAAAGAAGAAAAACACUGUUCCUGUUGAGGUUGUACAUGUUGCUCCCAUGCAGGUUGAUUGGGACAAAAUUGAAGAAAUGCCUAAUACAGAAAAUCUGAAUAAAAAGAAUCAAAAUGUAAUUGGACCCAUGGAUAUAGAACCAUUUGAUAUGAUGGAUGAUGAUAAAGAUUAUUCUUCAGAUAUGCCUCGAAGAAGUUUAAGGAAUAAAGAAAACAAAGGUAUACAGUUGAAUAAGGUUUUAGCAGAUAUAUCAUCUGAUAAAAAUAGUGGAGACAUUUCAAAUGUGGAUAAAACUAACAAGCAUGGUAAAUAUUGGAACAACGUUAAAAGAAUGAAAAAGGAAUUCAGUAAACUGAAUAAAAAGAAUAGAAACAAAUUAAAUGUUUCUAUUGAAAUGUGUAAAAAAACUCAAAGUAUUGCUAAUAAAGCAGUUGAACCCAAUUUCCAAAAUAACUUGUAUGAUAUUGAUGAUAGCACCCCAGAGGUUAUUGAUGGCAACAAAGUAACAGAAGCAAAUAAUUAUGACAGUCAUGUUGAAGAGACAAAGGAUAAUGGUAAUUCAGAUGUUAAUAAGCAGGAUGGAAAUGUAUCCAAAAAACAGUCUAUCGUUUCUGAAAAUAUAGCAACUAUGGAUUGUGUAAAUAAUGAAAUAUGUGCAAUAAAUGAACACUAUGUUAACGAAGAGAUGAAUGUAUGCAAUGUAAAUAUUCAGAAUUUAAAGACACAAAAAGUUUGUUUCCUUAAAAAGAGUGCUUUAAAUAAAGAAAAUACAAUACAAGAGGAUGUUAAUGAAAAAAAUAUGAUAUGUGAUGAGAAUUUGAAAGCAGACUGCGCUGUAAAUUCUGAUGAUAUUGAAAUUACAAUUAAAAUUGGAAACACAUUAACUAACAUUUGUAUUAAGAAAAAGGAUAAUGAUGUUCAGUUAAAAAUUAAUUCUGACCGUGAAAUUCAAACAAAUCACGAAAAUUUAAAUGCAAAUAAUGAAACAACUACAAUAAGUAGUCUUAUUACAGAAAACAAUUUAAAAAAUACUGAUACUGCUAUCAACAUGCAAAAAGAUAAAGUUGUUGAAAAUAUAAUUGUUAAAUCUGUUACGCCGAAAACCCAAACUUUAGAAAAAUCCACUUCUGUCAAAAAAAACACAGCUUCUGCUGAAACAGCAACAGUUAAUUUUGAAAUUACUGAAAGUGUAGAAAAAGAGUUAUCUGAUAUUUUAGAUAAUGCUCAACUGAUUAAUGACCAAAAUAAGAAAAUACCAACAAGUCCAGAAAUCAAGAAUAGAAGUCAAGUAAAAAGUCAUCAACAAACGCAAAAACCACUUCAAGAUAUUCAAGAAGAUAUGGAAUAUUUAAAUGACUUAGAUAUUUUUGACAGUGAAUCAGUCAAAGAAGGAAAUGUUCAACCGCUUAAAACCUCUAAAAACACCCCUUCUGCAAUAUUAAUGCCUUCAAUGAAAAGUACUAAGAUUCAAUCCUUAAAAGAUAAGAGAGAUAGAGAUGUUGCAGAUUUAGAUGAGAUUCCCAAGACCAAGAAAAUAAAAUUAACCAACAACGAUGAAAACUUAAUAGAUGAUUUAAAUUCAAAAAAGAAUACCAUGGAACACGAUAGUGAGAAUAUUAAUUAUGAUGCAAUAAUGAGUCAGGUAUUUGCUAACAUUGAUGCAGAUAUGGGGAACACAAAUAAAACUACUAAACAAGGACAUGCUACUGAAAAUGAAAAUAACAGUAGUAUUUUAAAGCCAAACAAUGAUUUGAACGUAACUAAAGGCAAUACUAGUAUUAAGGAUGAUAUUAAGCAAGUUGCUAAUGAAAAAUAUAGUGAAAAUAUAUUUUCAAUAUUAGAAAAAGAUUCUGAAAUAUUGGAACUAUCCAAAUCUAAGAAUGCAACACAAAGUCAGCAUAAUAAAGAGAAUUCUAUAAGUUCAAUUAAAAUAAAUGAUAUAGAAGAAGAAAAAAAUAAAUCAUAUACACAAAUAAAUGAUGUUGAAAUUAUAGAACUCGGGACACCCUUACAUGAUGAUGAUUCUGAUAAGAGCAUUGUUGAAGAAACACCUCAGAAGAGCACAUCUUUUUCAAAAAAUAAAAAGGAACUUACUAUCAUAAGUAAUACUCAACAAUUGCUGCCGACAAUUAAUAAAAAACCUGAACAAUUGCAGGAAGAACAAAAAAUUUCAGAUAAAGAUAUAAAUAUACUCAGUUUGUCUGAUACUUUAAGUGAUACAACAAAAGCAAGUAAAAAUAUCACUGUACACGAAACAGUUCAAAAGAGACCUACAUUGGAAACACCUCUUACAAUAAAUAAAUUUGUUGAUCAAAUAAAACAUAAGUCGACACCUGUGGCAAGAAAAUCAUUAAAUUUCAACAGCCAAAUGGACGAUGAUCCAGAAAAAACUAUUUGCCCAAGCUCAUUUGUAGCAGCUAAAACUACGCAAGAGAAAGAAUUUAUGCAAAAAGCUUUUGAUCAGUCACAAAGUUCCCCUCAACAUUCAUAUACUGGUAAAAAUCGUCAAAAAGGUGUCAAGUUAUGUGUAGGUGGCUCUUGUUUAUCAUCAUCUGAGCUAGCUAAUCUCAGACUUCUGUGCAUUAAAAGAAAUUGGACUUAUCUCGAUAAAUACUCAAAAGAAUUGACUCAUCUUGUUGUCGGAGUUGAUGAGGAAAAUAAGUCACAAAGAUCUGUUAAGUACAUGUGUGCUCUGGCGGCGUCAAAAUGGAUUGUGUCCUACAAAUGGGUUGAAAGAUGUUUACAAACAAAGGAUUUCGUUGAAGAGGAACCAUAUGAAGCGUUAGACGGUACAGGCGAACCGGGGCCAAGACGAUCACGCAUCGCCAAACAGAAACUUUUUGAAGGAAUUACAUUUUAUUGCAUGCCGCCCUUCAGUGUACUGGAUACUGAUACUCUACAAGACAUGGUGCGCGCGGCGGGCGGGCGCGCGCUGCGGGCGGCGGGCGAGGCGCGCGCCGGCGCCGCGCCCGCGCUGCUGCUGGCCGAGCCCGAGCGCACGCAGGACGACAGGUUCACCUAUCUUGCCAUGGAGCUAGGCGUUGUACCAGUCAACUACGAGUGGGUGCUAAACUGCUUAGGUAGUUACACACUAGGAUCAAUAUACGAACUUUUGCUUUGUCCUGCCUCAUUGCUACCCCCAAUCACUUCUAAAUGGCCAUCUGAAUUGAUAUCUCGUGAUUAUGAAUAAAUUUAAUUUACAUAA